AUGCUUCUCCUGCCUCUUAUCUAUGCUUUUAUAGCGAUUGAGCUGAAAUAUUACAAUCAAGCAAUGACAAACAUAGCUAUUAUCAUUGGGUCAAUGCAUGGCUUCGUCUCUACAAUAGUGAUGUUAUUCGUUCAUCAUCCUUACAGAGAAGCGUUUUUGGAUAUUUUUAUCAGGAAAAAUGGUCAACAAGAUGAAGCGGAGAACAGGAGGAGUCGAUAUCUGAAGAAUAAUUCGAUUGGUAUACUCAAAUAUUAA